AUAACCACAGAAUACAAGUGUUUGACGCUUCGGGAAGAUUUAUGAGGGCCUUCGGCAGUGAGGGCCGAUCCGACAGCCGAUUCAGUUAUCCCUGGGGUAUAGCUGUGGACGCGUUGGGCUUUAUAUAUGUCUGCGACAAAGAGAACCAUAGGAUUCAAGUGUUUCAAUCGGACGGCCUUUUUGUGGGAAAGUUUGGCACAAUUGGCAGCCGGACCGGGAUGUUAGAGCACCCGCACUAUAUCGCCGUCAGUAACACCAAUCGAGUCGUUAUCAGCGACAGUAAUAAUCACAGGAUUCAAAUCUUCGAUGUGAACGGGCGAUCACUUUCCACUUUUGGCAGCGAAGGUUCAAAUGAGGGACAGUUUAAGUUCCCACGGGGUGUAGCGGUGGACGACCAGGGAUUCAUUAUAGUGGGCGACAGCGGCAACAAUAGGGUCCAGAUCUUCAACCCGGACGGCACUUUCCUCAAGGCAUUCGGCACUUGGGGUUCGAGUGAAGGCGAGUUCAAAGGUCUGGAAGGAGUGGCCAUCACAUCGACCGGCAAUAUAUUGGUCUGCGAUCGGGAGAACCAUCGGAUUCAGAUGUUUUGAAGCAC